ACUUCCUUGUCUGUCACCUUUGCAAGUAUUGCAACGUUCUAGCUCGCAACAGCGCAGCUGCUUGCCGAGGACGUCAAACUUCAUCUCGCGUUGCCACCGUUCGCUCGUGCGUUGGUUGGUUCACGCACUUUACGCGUAACUUUGUUGUGUUUUGUAAUUAAAAACAUGCCUUUUAUUUCAAAAGACUGGCGUUCUCCUGGCGAAGAAUGGGUGAAAACUCAAGAGGGAUGGGAAAAGAAAAAAGUUUUAGAGUGUACGGCGCAACGAUACCCCGCUAUAACUAACUUUAAUAACAGUGAGGAGAGCACGCAGAAGUCUUGGUCGCAAGAAGGCGAGGACGGUGACAAGAACUCCAACGACCAUGUGGCGCGGAUACCACCGCAUUGUCACAUCACUAUCAAAUGUACCAGAGAAAUUGCAGGCUUCAACGGCCUGUCAGAAGCAGUCCGCAGACUGGACUUCUCCUCUGCGGUCCGGGACGUGCGCAGGUUCAACUACAUCUGCGCUCUACUGGAACUGCUCCUUCGGGGCCAGCGACUGACCCAUCUUCCAGGCGCCGCUCAGAAGCUACUCCUCUCUAUGUUAGAGCAGCUAGCUGAUCAGGUGGCAACCUCGCAGCAGAAUCUAAACGCGCUCCGAGCGUUGUUGGUGGCUCUGUCGACGCUGCGCGAGGCGGAGCGGCGCGCGUGCUGGGGCCGGCCCCUCGGCUCGCGCGCUCUCUGGGGGCAGCACGACCACGCCAUCGCGAGGAUCAACCGCAUCGCCAACGCUAUUCGUAUACAAGAGCCGGGACCAGAAGUAGUGCCUAAGCUUCACGAUUUACCUGAGGAAUGUAUCAGAGAAAUUUUGUUGAGGAUAUCGGACCACAGGGAUUUGGACUCGGCAUCGUCAGCAUGGAACGUGAUGGCGUCCGUGUGCUCCGAGCAGCGUAUCUGGCGCGAGCUGGUGUCGUUCCACUUCACGCAGCAGCAGAUCGACGCCGCGCUCGCGAAACUGAAGGAAGAGCAGAAGGACGCCGACUGGAAGAACGUCUUCCAUCAUCUUAGGAAGUUGUAUGGGCUAAGAGAAGAUGCCCAAUAUGCUGAGACUUUAUCGCUGUGCCGACACUGCAAGUGCCUGUUUUGGCGGUCUCUCGGCCAUCCUUGUAUAGCUGACCAGUGCCCAGAGUAUCGUGAACGCCUGAAGGAGGCAGGCGGUCCUCUCCCUCCGUCCCCGGUGCCGCCUGCGGCUUUCCUCAAGUUCUUCUCGCUUUAAAUAUACUCGAUUGUUACGAGAUUGACUACCGCUGAGGAACGAUGUCUAUGAAGCAAAGAAACGAAAGAAAUUGUACAGCUUUCAAAAAUAUUCGGAUACAUUGCUUGUUUGCUGGAGUUAAUUUUACAUUAACGUGAAAUUAUAUUGCUAAUAGUAGACAUACUACAUUAUAAUAUGUUUCCUAAACAAUGCAAUGGUUGUGACCAUAGACUACACAAACUUAUUUAUGAUUAUGAACAUGUUUUCUACUCAAUGUAUGUAAUCUUAUCCUGUAAAUCAACAUUAUAUUGCGCAAUAUUGAAACAUUGCCAAUACUCUAAUGUAUCCGAAUACGGUUCAAUGCAAUCUUGUCUACACAAAUCUUCGGCUUGACUGAAACAGAUCUCAGGCAAACGGGCCUAUGUGAAAAUUAUAAAAAUAAGGCUCCAUAACUAUUUAAUUUACUGGGAAACAAUGUGUUCUAUUGUUAAAUAUCUACCGCAUAGUAUUAUUGGCUCGUACAUAAUUUACGAAUUUAGAGAGAGUAGUGAAAUUAGUAUUUUAGAUGUGACGGGUCACUUCUCUCUUGUUAUAAGCUCUCAAUGUAAUAGCAAGGAAUGGUAAAGCUGAAGAUGGGCUCUUUGGCCUAACACCAGUGAAUUAUUUGACCAAAUUAUGGUUUUAUAAAUAUAUUAAUUUUUAGCAUUUCUAUAUUUAGUGUGCACUAAUGCUUUAUAGAAUUUAUGUGAUAUGUCCAAAUUUUAAUCAGUUGCGUGUUACUAUUUAUCAUUGCGUGUUAUUGUUAUGUUUAAUAAAAUAAUCUGUUAGAUAAUAACCAAAAAUCUUUUGGCAAUAAUGUUGCAUGUACUCAUGAUUUUUUUAUUCUAAUGGAUCUGCAGAGGAAUAUAGUAACUAAGGGACAUAUAUCUUCAUAUACAGAAAGCUAGUAAAUGUGCAGCUAAUCUGAUAGAAAAAUGAAUAUUUUCUUACUAUAAUCAUUAAAUAUAAGGAGUUUAUUCUGGCUUACAUAAAUAUAAUUAGGCCUAAAUGACAUUUAACAAGAGUUCAUUAUUUAUCUAACCUGGGAAUAGGUCCUCAUCACAGACUACUUUAAUUCAUGAAUAUUUACGGCCAUAAUUCAUAAAAUUUAUUGUUUCAAUCACUAAUAGCUCAAUUUUAGACAAUUACUAAUAUAAAACCAUUUGAUUGAAUAUCAAACUUUCUCUCAGUCACUUAGAACUAAUUUUCCCAUCAUUCCAAAUAAUAAUUUCAGGAUACAACAUAAUUGACACCCAAAUAGUUAUAUUUUGAAUAGUACUAUUUCAAUGCAGUCUUGUAGAAUAAACUUGUAACUUGUUUAACCACAUAGAAUUAACUUCAGUAGUGGUAGUUGUUGACAUUGUGAUAUUUUAAGAUAAAUUUAUUAAUAUUAAUGUUUAAUAGUCCCAAGAUGCUAACCUUGUUAAGAUUUGUCAGACAGAGAAUAAAUUGUUGCUUAAAAGAUAAGCCAAGCAUCUCACUUAUAAAUUGAAAGCUGCGUCUAUCAACAAUGUGGAGAUCUGGUAAAAAAAAAACACUUUGAUAUUUAUACAUAUUUGACUUAUAAAAUUUUUUUUACUUAUGCAUUUCUGUAAGCAAGGUAAGAAUAACAACUUUUUUUAAUGAUAUUCCUAUUAUGCUUUGGUUGGUCUUUUGUUACAAAUAUGUUAUUGUAAUGGAAUACAAGAGAUAUUUAUUCCUGUAAAAAUUAUAUCCUUUAGUCAUAGAAACAGUCCAUUGUCAGUAAUUAUUUAUUGAACACCAUGAAAAUGAAGUUUGCAGCUUACAAUAACAUUUGCUAUUUAAAAAUGUUGUUUAUUUUUUAAUAUACACAAUUUUAUUGCCACAUAGCAAAGGUGAUUGAUAAACAAUCCCAACUACCUUCAGAGUGAUGGCAUAAGUGGACCAAUAAGAAUAAAGUGCAACACAGAAAAAAUAUUCUCACAAACAACAUAUUGUCUGCAGCUCAUGCAACAAUUAUUUUUAGGUGCAAUGCAUGUACGGCUAGCUCAAAACUGGAAUGUUCCUAUAUAAUAUUGUCUCACUUGUAUCUCACAGCCAAACAUGGUGCAGGACAACACACUCUAUGCAUGGUGGCCACACUCGUGGUUAGUUCAUUAUUUUGGCACCAUAGUCAAUAUUUUAAUCCAUAGUGGUUUGAUGUAAUACCCCCAUGCCCCAGAAAGGAUGAAAGCCAUUGGACCUGCACCUGUUCUUGCUCUGGUCAGAUUACAGAUUGUCAUCUCACCAGACUAUGAAAGUGAAGGAACAUAGAGUGAACCUGUGUAUUGCACACACACUUGUGCAUUAUUAUAUCAACUGGGUACUAAGCUGAUCUCUGUUCAGAUUGGCUGCUGUAGUCAAAAUUCAGCUAGGAAUGAAUUAAUCAGGGUUUGAGAUUGUUUAUUUAAAGUAGCCAUUAAAAACAUUGAUUUCCAGUACCCACAUGAUACAUGAAAGAAAAAUAGGGGUAAUUUUUAGGCAUCCAGUAAGCAAUAUCUCUGUUUGACAAUAUCUGCAAUCUAGUGUAGUUGACAAUUGCAGCUUUCCUACUCACUAGAGUCAUGAUUUAGUUAAACUGUGAUUUGUUUGUUCGUGCAAAGGAAUUGUUUAUCCAGUUUGUGUUCUCACUAUACUAUUGUACUAUAUGGUAUGAAAUAAAAUUAUUUUGAAUAAA